CUGGGAAAUCUGGAACCGCCGGCGCCUCGACAGCUCUCAAUCCCAGUUGUCCGCGUCUCGAUCGUCCGUCGCUUCGAGUUACGGCUGUGUUUUUUUUUUGUUUCUGUUUAUUUCAUUGUUGUUAUUAUUAUUAUUAUUAAUAAAUAUUUACUAGAUGUAGCACAAUUAUUUUUCUAUAUUUUAGAAAUUGAAUUUUUUUUUUUGCUAAAUGAUUUAAUAUUGAUUAGUUUUAGUGUCAUCAAGAUGUCCCCAUGUGAUCCGCGGUAACAAAUUAGUUAAAUAAUUUUUCAAAAAAAUCAUUGUGAGCAUCUAGAUUUGAAAUUGUAUUAUCUAUACCUGUCACUGUCACCUUUUAAACUUGUAGCAGACGUUGUCGUCUCGGUUUGCUUUUGAACCGUUUAAAUCUGUGUGACGCAUUCCUGAAAUAUAAUUUUAAUAAUAAUAUUGACGAGUCUCGUACAUAAUCGUGUAAAGCUAUUCGCUUGUGUGUGUGCGUAUAUAUUCGUGUUUGUGCAAUUUAUCUGCUGUUGUUAUGCUGCUUCAGAUUUGCUCAAACAUAGUGCAAUAAUUUGUAAACAUGAAUAGUAUGGAUGAUCAUAGUCGAAUGAUGCAUCCCAGUGGAACUAUGUUACCUCAACCUUAUGGGAUGUCUUCAGUGGAUCCAAACCAUGGUGCUCCCACACCACCUGAUCAAGAGACUCGUAAACAAGACAUAGGUGAUAUUUUGCAACAAAUAAUGAAUAUCACUGAUCAGUCUUUGGAUGAAGCUCAAGCUAGGAAACACACUCUUAAUUGCCAUCGAAUGAAACCUUCCUUAUUCAGUGUUUUAUGUGAAAUUAAAGAAAAAACUGUGUUAAGCCUACGGAAUACACAAGAAGAAGAGCCACCGGAUCCGCAACUGAUGAGGUUAGACAAUAUGUUAAUCGCCGAAGGUGUGGCAGGACCAGAAAAGGGAGGCGGUGCGGGAGCUGCUGCUAGUGCAUCAGCUGCAGCUUCGGGCGGUCCCGGACAACCGGACAACGCUAUUGAGCAUUCCGAUUACAGAGCAAAACUAGCGCAGAUCAGGCAAAUCUAUCACCAAGAACUGGAGAAAUAUGAACAGGCCUGCAAUGAAUUCACUACCCACGUUAUGAACCUGUUACGAGAACAGUCUAGAACACGGCCGAUCACCCCUAAAGAGAUCGAACGAAUGGUGCAAAUAAUACACAAAAAAUUCUCUUCCAUACAAAUGCAGCUGAAACAGAGUACGUGCGAAGCGGUUAUGAUUCUCCGAUCGAGAUUUUUGGACGCCAGGCGAAAAAGACGAAAUUUUAGCAAACAGGCUUCCGAAAUAUUAAACGAGUAUUUCUACUCGCAUCUAAGCAAUCCGUAUCCAUCCGAAGAAGCCAAAGAAGAACUAGCGAGAAAAUGUAGCAUUACCGUCUCCCAAGUGUCCAAUUGGUUUGGAAACAAACGAAUCCGGUAUAAAAAGAAUAUAGGAAAGGCACAAGAAGAAGCCAACUUGUAUGCAGCUAAAAAAGCAGCCGGUGCAUCACCAUACAGUAUGGGUCCAGCUUCUCAGGGAACACCAACCCCUUUACUAUCACCCGCUCCCGGUGGCGGCCCCCAGGACAGUAUGGGCUAUAGUCUUAGCUUAAAUGGUGCUGAAUAUAGUUCUCCCAUGUCUGGAUCUCAGGCACAGUAUUCAGAUGGAAGCCUAGGAUAUGAUCCAAUGGGACACCAGACAAUGCCCAAAAAUUCUGGGUCUCCUUCAACUGGUUGGAAUUCUAGUCAUGAGUACCAAGCUCAUGGCAUGCACGACGACAGUGAAGAUUCUUCUGACGAUGUUGAUAUCAAACGCCCAAAAAUGUCAUAAGCAUUUAAUUUUAUACAUAUAUAUAUCCAUCUUAAUUGCUAAAUUUUGUUCUUAUAUAUAUAUAUAUAUAUAUAUAUUGUAUAUAUAUUUAUAUAUAUUUAUUUAUAUGUAUAUAUUUGCUUAACUUAAUCUAUAGGUAUGUACUCAAAUGAGAUAUUUGUAUAACACCUGUGGUACUCAUUUUGUGUGUACCACUUAUUACAAUUUUUUUUUUUUCGUGUGUUCUUUUUAUAUAUUAAUGACAGUUAACACAAAUUGCCUCAUUCUAACUAAUAAUGUUAUGGACCUACUGUAAUGAAGAAAACGAAAGACUUAGACCUGUGUUGUGUUUCUUAAACUUCUUGCCCAUCAUCACACAUGUAAGGGAAUAUUUUAAUGUAUAUUUGUAAUGAUUGAUAUAAGUCUAAUAUUAUUUGAGAUUACCAUACUGAAAUUCAGUAGAUACAAUGUUUUAUUUAUAAAACUAUUUUAGUAUCAUAUAAUUAUUAUUAUGUAUGUGUAAUAAUAACGAAAUUAUUGAUUAACUUGAGCUUUUGAACGUUAAUCGUUCACUAUGUAACUUUGGUAUACGUAUAUUGUGCACAUCACCAGAUUAAUUUAGUAAUUUAUAUAGAAAAAUAUAAUAAUAUUAUUGUUGGUUAUGUUUACACUCACAUUUUUUACUACUAUCUGUGAUCUCGAAGGAAAAUCAACACAUUCAUCAAAAUUAUGUACAAUCAUGUAAGUGUUUUUCUCCUUUUUUCACUAAGUAUACGAUAUACACAUGGUAAUAUAACUAUUUUUUUUUUUUAUGUUUUAUUAUUAAUUAAUAACAAAGAUAAUUCAUUAAUAUUAUAGUAAUAUCAUUAAAAAAAAAUUUGUUUAUAAAAAUUGUUUAGUAUUUUUUAUUAUAUUAAACAAUUUAUAUGAUUAUUGUAUUUUUUAAGCCGCCAUGACUAUAAUGUAAUUCUUAAAUAUUUUAUUGACUUUUAGACAUAAUAAUACACUGUAAUGUAUACGAUAUUUUAUAAGGUUAUUGUUAUCCAAAUUGUGCAUUCUGAUUAUUUUUCCUUCAAAUUUCUCUUCUCAUUAAUUUAAAUUCUAUGUUAGUAAACUUUUUUUUAUUUACUCAAACAAAAAUAAAUAAGUACCACCUAUACAUGUAAUAUUUUAUUUUUAUUGAUUCAAGUUAAAUUAAAUUAUAUUGAAUUACAAUUUUACCUAUUCAAAUCAAUUCUAUAUUUUUAAGUGUAAUUAUAUUAAAUUAAUUAGAUUAA